AGCACAUCGAUCGGAGCAUCAAUAAUGGCGACGGAAUCCGCGGUUCCGAUUCCGGCGUCUCUGUACGUCGGAGACCUGCAUCCCGACGUGAGCGAUGCUGUUCUGCUCGAGGCUUUCAAGGAGUUCAAUUCGCUGACGUCGGUGCGCGUCUGCCUUGAUUCCGCCACCGGCCGCUCGCUCGGUUACGCCUACGUCAACUUCGAUUCGCCUCACGACGCCCUUCAGGCUAUGGAAUUGAAAAAUCAUCUCACACUGAAUGGAAAAGCGAUUAGGGUUAUGUGGUCACACCGUGACUCGGAUGGACGAAAAAGUGGAGUUGGAAAUGUCUUUGUCAAGAAUUUGAGUGACUCAAUAGACAGCGUUAAGCUUCAAGAAAUGUUUCAGAAGUUUGGUGUUAUUGUAUCUUGUAAAGUAGUCACUUCUGAUGAUGGGAAGAGCAGAGGAUAUGGCUUUGUCCAGUUUGAGUCUGAAGCCUCAGCAAAAGAGGCCAUUGAGAAGCUCAACGGCACAGAUGAUGGAGGAAAACAGAUGUACGUUAGUAAAUUUAUCAAAAAAAGUGACCGAGCUGUUGCUUCUCACGAGGUGAAGUACACAAAUCUGUAUGUGAAGAAUCUAGAUACAGGUAUAUCUGAGGAAAUGUUCAGGGAAAAGUUCUCUCAAUAUGGAAAAAUUGUGAGCUUAGUCAUCUCAAAAGAUGAGAAUGGUGCAUCAAGAGGUUUUGGGUUUGUUAAUUUCGAUAAAGCAGAAGAUGCCAAAUCUGCAGUAGAAGCUUUGAAUGGAUCACAACUUGCUUCAAAGGUCUUAUAUGUCGCCCGAGCACAAAAAAAAUCAGAACGCCAGGAAAUGUUACGCCUCGAGUUUGAGGAGAAAAGGAAGGAGCAGAUCUUGAAAUACCAGGCAUCAAAUGUGUAUGUGAAGAAUAUUGAUGAUGAAAUCUCUGAUGACGAGCUAAGACUGCAUUUUAGUCAGUGUGGCACGAUUACCUCUGCAACGAUAAUGAGAGAUGAUAAAGGUAUAAGCAAAGGGUUCGGAUUUGUCUGCUUCUCAACACCGGAGGAGGCAAAUAAAGCUGUAUAUACAUUCCAUGGUUUGAUUUUGCGAAGGAAGCCAUUAUAUGCGGCAAUUGCUCAGAGAAAAGAGGAAAGACAAGUUCAGUUGCAGGUUAUACAUGCUCAACGUCUGGCAGGAUUAUCAGGACCACCGUCACCUGUUAUGCAGGGUGGAUACUCACAUUUUUAUUAUCCCCCCGGAGUUGUUCCUCAGAUACCUGCACAGCCUAGUCUGUUAUAUCAGCAGCCAGGAAUCAGGCCAGGAUGGAGGGCUAAUGGCAUUCCAAAUCCUUCUAGACCCGUUUUUCAUCCAUCCCCCAUCCCCUUGCCCCCCAACAGUUCUAGGCAAAGGCAAAGAGCAAGGAUGAACGGGAAUAUUCUACCACAUGUUCCUGGUCUCGCAUAUCCAUCACAUUUGCAACGGCCAGUGCAUCCCUUGGCUUCAUCUAAAGAUUCCAACAAUCAGCAGCCGAUUCUUAUGUCUUCUGGGGUUGGUGGCAAUGGAUCCGAAAUGUUAAGCAGCCUGCUCGCUGCAGCUCCUCCAGAUCAACAGAAACAUAUUCUCGGGGAGCGCCUUUAUCCUCUAGUUGCUCAUCACCAGCCUGAACUAGCAGCAAAGAUAACAGGCAUGCUUCUGGAGAUGGACAACAGCGAACUACUGGUGCUGUUGGAUUCACCGGAGUCGCUAUCCUCCAAGGUCGAAGAGGCGGUUCAGGUCCUCAAACUAUCAAAUGCCAAAGUGUCCAAUUCAGACGCCCCGCGCUCAAAUUACCUCUCUGCUCGAGUUGCUGUCAAAUGAAUGACGGAGAGUUUCUCUACAACUUCUCGACGUCGACGCUGAGUUCGAUAGCCGGUUAUUUUCCAUUUCACAGCCUUUCCAAUCUUCAUUAAAACUCAUUUACAUGCUCUACUUCCAUCUACUAUAUUCAGCUAGAUUCUAAAAAAAAAACAGUUUUGUUCUAUUAUUCAUGGUUGACUAUCUGAAAGUCAAAACGUAAGAGAAGACUUCUUUAGCUGCUAGACAUUAUUUAGUGUGUAGAAUUCCAUCUAUUUGCAACAUUAUACAAUUGAUGGUAUAAACUCAGACUUUUGAAAGUUUUUUUGCGCCGCCAUGCGUAAUUU